CAUGUCAGAAGAUUAUAGUAGAGCUAUUUAGUACAUGAUGGUAUUAAAAUUAAUUAAUUUCUUUUUAUGGUACCAUAUUUAUUGUGAUCAAGAAUGAAAUUUUCCAUGUGUUUUUCAACACUGCUAUUCAUUUGGAUUAAUGCAGUACAUCAUGCUGUUUCCUAUGAAUGCAGGAAUUGGACCUAUGGUCAUGGUUGUAAAUCUACUUGUGGACACUGUGCCAAUAAUACGGUAUGUGAUCACAUAAACGGAUCUUGUCCAAACGGGAAAUGUGCACCUGGAUGGAAAAACACCCAAGACUGGAAAUGUGAUAAAGAAUGCAGAAUUGGAACCUAUGGUAAUGAGAGUAAAAUUAGAUGUGGAAAAUGUGCCAAGAAAACAAUGUGUGAUCACGUGACAGGGAUCUGUCCUUAUAGGAAGUGUGCACCUGGAUGGGAAAACAGUCAAGACUGGAAAUGUGAUAAAGGUUUGGGAUAAAUCUUUGAUGCAAUUCUUUAAACACUUAAUAGGUUCUCUAUUGAUCAAGAAAUAACAACAAUAUAUGUAAAACGAUUGUUGCUAAUUCUGGUAGGUAUAUAUUACAUUUAUCAUUGAAAACAUGCUUUUUUAUUGCAAGAAAUAGGGAAAAACAUAUAUAUCUCUAUUCAUGCUUGAGUACAAUGUAUUUCUGUAAUUUUUCCCGUAUUUU